CGCAGCAUGCGCCCCCCCCGCCAUGGCGGCGCCGUGCCGGACACGCACGCUGCAGGUGGUGGACACGGAGUUCAGCGCUGACACCGUGGAAUGGUGCCCCGUGGAGGGCUGGCACAGCAUCCUGGCCUGUGGCACCUACCACCUGCGCCCGCCCAUCGCGACCAACCCUGGUGGAGGCAAUGGGGCCUGCGACCGGACAGGGCGGCUCUACCUGUACCACUACAACGAGGAGCAGCCUUGCAUCCCACUGGCAGAAAUCCAGAGGAUGGACACCCCUGCCAUCCUGGACAUCAAAUGGUGCCACCUUCCCAUUGCAGAGCAUCCCAUGGUUGGCGUUGCAAACUCGACAGGCGCUGUGCAGUUCCUCCAGCUCGUGGGCAGUGAGAAGAACAGCUGCAUGUUGGAGCCGUGCUUCAGGGUUGAUCUGGGUGCGCAGCGCCUUGCCUUGUCCUUAGACUGGUCCACGGGACGAGAGCAAUGUGGAUGUCCUUUGAGAGUGAUCAGCAGUGAUUCAGGGGGGAAACUGAAUCUGUUCUCCAUCGAUGAAUCUGCUCCUUCUGUGCAUGUCCUGAACCAGUGGGAGGCUCACAGCUUUGAGGCCUGGAUUGCAGCUUUCAAUUACUGGGACACAGACGUUGUAUAUUCAGGAGGAGAUGACAACUUGCUAAAGGGCUGGGACACAAGAUGCAGUCCUGAGUCUCCUGUCUUUGCCAGCAGGAGACAUUCAAUGGGUGUGUGCAGUAUUCAGUGCAGUCCCCACCGGGAGAAUCUGCUGGCUACAGGCAGCUACGACGAGCACGUGCUGCUGUGGGACACCAGGAACAUGAAGCAGCCAUUGGCAGACACCCAUGUUGAAGGUGGAGUUUGGAGGUUGAAGUGGCACCCAACUUGUGAGUUUGUGCUGCUGGCAGCCUGCAUGCAGAGUGGAUUCAAAAUCCUUGACUGCCGGGGCAGCAUGGCGGAAAACACAGAGGAGUGUCUCAUCCUAACAUCCUAUGUCUUGCACAACUCCUUGGCCUAUGGAGCUGACUGGUCCAGGCUCUGUCCGAGGGAUUCCCUGGCUGCGCUACAAGACCCAGCUGCUGCGCACCAGUCUUCUGAGGAGCUGCUGGCAAGGCCAGAGGAAAGAGAUGAGAGACUGAAUUUGCAGGUCCAAAACCUGAAGAUAAUUUAUGAAUCUCCUACUGCUACUUUUGAUGUAAUAUUGGAUGAGGAGAGUGAAGACCCUGCCUUGCCACUGAAAGCAGACAGGGAUACUGACAUGGUGCAGGGUGAUACGUUGGCUGGGGAUGUGGAUCCAAUUAGAGGCCUGGAUGUAAAAAGGAGCCUAGAUGUGGCUGGGGGUCAAAACCUAGAGGGAGAUCCUGCAUCACCAAGUGCUUCUGACCCCAGAGUCUCAAAACGCAAUGGAGUGAGCCCGGACAGAAUUGGUGAUUUAGCUGGACCAUUAGACAGGUUAAAAGAAAUGAGCAUUAUAGCAACUUGUUCAUUCUAUGAUAAUAUCCUACAUGUCUGGAAGUGGGAAAUGAACCUGGUUACCCCUUCAGAUACAUCAAGUACUAGAGCUCAGUCAGAAAAUGCAGUUUCACUUUAACCUCUUC